CCCGGAUGCGCGGUGGCUAGAGCGGGAGGCGGAUUCGGGGCAUGGAGUGGAGACAGGCGCUGAAGGGCCGGAUUGCGGCCCGUCCCGGCACAAAAAGAAGUGAACAAGAACUGAAAGAUGAAGAAAUGGAGUUGUUUACCAAAUACUACAUGGAAUGGAAAGGAGGAAGAAAAAGUUUUAAUAUAUCAUAUCUGAACAUACCACGAUUUUAUUACAGGCUGCCAGCUGAGGAUGAAGUCUUGCUACAGAAAUUACGAGAAGAAUCUAGAGCAGUUUUUCUGCAGAGAAAAAGUAGAGAGCUGUUGGAUAAUGAAGAGCUGCAGAAUUUGUGGUUUCUUCUGGACAAACAUCAGACACUGCCUAUGAUUGGGGAGGAAGCAAUGAUCAAUUAUGAAAACUUCUUGAAAGUUGGUGAGAAAGCUGGACCCAAGUGCAAGCAGUUCUUCACAGCCAAAGUCUUUGCUAAGUUACUCCACAAUGAUCCUUAUGGAAGGAUAUCUAUCAUGCAGUUCUUCAAUUAUGUAAUGAGAAAAGUGUGGCUUCACCAGACCAGAAUAGGACUCAGUUUAUAUGAUGUAGCAGGACAGGGUUACCUCAGAGAAUCAGAUUUAGAAAAUUAUAUUUUGGAACUUAUCCCUACUUUGCCACAGCUGGACGGUUUAGAAAAAUCCUUUUACUCAUUCUAUGUCUGCACUGCAGUUAGAAAGUUCUUCUUCUUUUUGGAUCCUCUCAGAACAGGAAAAAUAAAGAUCCAGGAUAUUUUAGCCUGCAGUUUCCUUGAUGACUUAUUAGAGCUAAGGGAUGAAGAACUUUCUAAAGAAAGCCAAGAAACAAAUUGGUUUUCUGCUCCUUCUGCAUUGAGGGUUUAUGGCCAGUAUUUAAAUCUUGACAAAGAUCACAAUGGUAUGCUCAGCAAGGAAGAACUGUCGCGCUAUGGAACUGGGACUCUGACCAACAUAUUUUUGGAUCGUGUCUUUCAGGAGUGCUUAACUUACGAUGGGGAAAUGGACUAUAAGACCUACCUGGACUUUGUGCUUGCAUUAGAAAACAGAAAGGAACCUGCAGCUCUGCAAUAUAUUUUCAAACUGCUUGAUAUAGAGAACAAAGGAUACCUGAAUGUUUUUUCCCUUAAUUAUUUCUUUAGGGCUAUCCAGGAACAAAUGAAAAUCCAUGGACAAGAACCAGUUUCUUUUCAAGAUGUCAAGGAUGAAAUCUUUGAUAUGGUGAAGCCUAAGGAUCCUUACAAGAUCUCCCUUCAAGACUUAAUCAAUAGCAGUCAAGGAGAUACUGUCACCAGCAUUCUGAUAGAUCUGAAUGGCUUCUGGACUUAUGAAAACAGAGAAGUUCUUGUAGCAAGUGAGAAUGACAAUGCUACAGAUAUUGAUGAUACAUGAUUUUGAACAGGAAAUAGACUGUAGCCCCUGGGACAUGCCUAACUGCUGUACUAAGUCAUGGCAGCUGAAGACUAAUUUCCUGUUCUGAUGGAUAAUAUAAAGUUUUGUGUAGGGAUUGCCAAGCUGACAUUUGGAAGCCAAAAUAGUCCACUGUUCAAGGCAACAAUGACCUGACUUUUAGUAGGCUGAAGGUACUGUCUGGGAUCAUUCUUCUUAUGUUCAGUUUUAAGUAACAUUCUUAUUUGGCCAGUCUGUUCUAACUUGUAUAGUAACUUUGCAGCAUAAGGAUGGAACUUCAGGAACAGUCUGGCACUGACUUAUCUCCCCACUUAUAAAGCCACUGGGAGUCUUGAUCAGCCUCUUCUUCCAUUUAUGUCAACACUGGGGGCUUUUGAGCAUAAACACAGUGUAUAAGAGGAGCUAGGGGUAAGGAAAUGUGCUUAGGAUUUUUUUUUAAUCUACACAUAAUCUUCUUCUGUAUUGUUCAACUUUAAAUGUGUAUAAAUAAAAACAUUAAUUUUUGUUUAA